GUAGCCAGACCUCGUCGCACUGGAGUCUGGGAGUUGUAGUCCUGACCUGAGGCAGCAGACAUGGCGGCCUGCCUUGCAGGGGGCUGUGGGUCCUCCAUGGGCCUGACCCGGAGCUUCCGCGCUGCCAGGGCGUUGCUCGCUGCGCCGGCUUCCGUCGCCUGUCGGGUCCACACGGAGCCUGGCCGUCUGCAGAGCAGUGGGCCUUCCGAGCCCCGCGCGUUCCAGCCGCCGCCGAAACCGGUCAUCGUGGACAAGCGCCGAUCCCUGGACCAGGAGAGGAGGUUCUUGAGUCCUGAAUUCAUUCCUCCACGGGGAAGAACACAUCCUCUGAAGUUCCAAAUGGAAAGGAAAGAUAUGCUAGAAAGGAGAAAAGUACUCCACAUUCCGGAGUUCUAUGUUGGAAGCAUACUUCGUGUUACCACUGCUGACCCAUACGCUAAAGGCAAAAGCAGCCAGUUUCUGGGGAUCUGUAUCCAGAGAUCGGGAAAGGGCCUGGGAGCGACUUUUAUCCUGAGGAAUACUAUUGAAGGACAAGGUGUUGAGAUUUGCUUUGAACUUUAUAAUCCUCGAAUCCAGGAGAUCCAAGUGAUCAAAUUAGAGAAGCGACUGGAUGAUAGCUUGCUGUACUUACGAGAUGCUCUUCCUGAAUAUAGCACUUUUGACAUGAAUAUGAAGCCAAUAACACCAGAGCCUAGUCAAGAAGUUCCUGUUAAUAAGCUGCAAGUAAAAAUGAAGCCUAAACCCUGGUCGAAACGCUGGGAGCGUCCAAAUUUUAAUAUUAAAGGAAUCCAAUUUGAUCUUUCUUUAACCAAAGAACAAAUGAAAGCAGCUCAGAAGUGGAGUCAACCAUGGCUUGAGUUUGAUAUGAUGAGGGAAUAUGAUACUUCGAAAAUCAAAGCUGCAAUAUGGGAUGAAAUUGAAGCAUCAAAAAAGUCCUGAUUCUGCGGAUGGAUUCAGUUACUUGCACAAGACAUAUUGACUCUCAGAGGAUUUAUUUGGAGACCAAUUUAGCUUCAUUUAUAAGAACAUAGUUAUUAAAUAAACUGAACACUCAUUAUUUUAUUAGUAUUUUUUGAAAAAUAAAAUUGUCAUACCAGUUUAUUACUCUAAAAGAGAAAUAUUUAUAGCACAUGAUCUACUCUCCAUUCCCUUACUGAAGGCAAAGCUACCAUAGAAGUCAAAGUAUCCCCAGAAGGCCCUUCAGUGAGUAUGGAAUCUGAGCAAGGGGAACGGGUGGGAUGAUGUCUUCAAAUCAUGAAAUAACUCAUAGAAGAGCAGGGUGUGGAUUAAAGAACAACAAGAUGCACUCAGUGUCAGAACAUUUGCUAAGAUCUAAGAAGGCAACUCUUGGUCUGCAGUUGUAUCCGUCCCUUCUUACAGAUGGGGACACUUUCCUUUAUCUCCCUUGCAUGUAUUUAAUUUCUUCUUAUGUGUGUGUGUGUGUGUGUGUGUAUUCUUAAACAUUGUGUUUGGCUUUGAAAAACCUAAUAGUAAAUACAAUAAGACAGUAUUGCUGUUAAGCUUCAAAGCUAACAUGACAGCCCUUAAGUCAGUAUGGCAUCAGCUUCCCGGAGAGUUUGUGAAAGCUAUUUUUGAGGGAGUUGAUGGCUAAGUUUGUUAAGUGAGUUUGUUUUUUUUCUCAGAUUUAUUUAUUUAUUUGAAAGAGUUACAAAGAGAGAGAAAGGAAGAGAGGGAGAGAGGGAGAGAGAGAGGGGGGAAGAGAGAGAGAGAAAGAGAGGUCUUCCAUCUGUUGGUUCACUUCCUAACUGGCCGCAGUGGGAGAAGCUGCUUCUAUCUGAAGCCAGGAGCCAGGAGCUUCCUUGGGGUCUCCCAUGUGGGUGCAGGGGCCCAAGGACUUGGGCCAUCUACUGCUUUCCCAGGCCAUAGCAGAGAGCUGGAUUGGAAAUGGAAUAGGCACGACAUGAACUGGCACCCAUAUGGGAUGCCAGCAGUGCAGGUGGCAGCUUCACCUGCUACACCACAGCGCUGGCCUCAAUUGAGUUCUGUUAAACAAUGCUCACCACGGGGUUAUAGUGUAGACUGUGUGAUGUCGAUGUCCACCACGAAUCUGGUCACAGGGAGUGAACUGUGUGUUCUGAUUAUCAGAGUGUAAUGAAUCAAACUCAAGGUCUUAGUAGAUUGAAACAGAAUACUUCCAUGAAGUGAUAGGAGUGCCCUUGCCACUCUGUGCAGUUGGGCAUGGAUUGGAAAGCUGGGAUGUAACCACUCAUGGUUAAGGCUGACUGUCAUGUAAUUUGGGCCAGACUCACCUGGUAUGCUGUUCCUCAGGUUAAAACAUACAAUACUAGCCCAGAUUCUGACGAAGGCAACCCCCUGCAUGCCUGCCAAUUGAAUCAUGCUUAGGUCUGUCCUCUGGUGUCAGCUAUGUUGAAUCUUCCCUAUGCUGAACUAUUUUCUGGAUUCUGUGUUUUCCAGGACAUCUGGUAAUCCUUGGCUGUCUACAAGUCUUGGGGAUUUUAGGGAGGAGUUGUUUUUGGGUUGGUUGGAUGGGCUUUUUUGGAGAGUCCCUUAGUGAAUACCCACAGGAAAGGCUGCCUGUCUCCUUGGAAGGGGAGGGUCUGUGCCAAAGCAACAUUCAGCUGGAUCCUCCCUCAUUGUCACUGGUGGUUGUUACUCAGCCGGUAACUACUCAACCAGUAACUGAUGGACAGCAUUCACUAAUUGGUUCGCGUACCUCAAAAUAAAAUUUUAACUAGAACCUGU